AUGACUGGGGCCAUAUGCUCACGGUUUGCAGCGUCAGGAUCUGGAGACUUGACUUCGUUAUGCAUAGAUAGAUUCUUCGAAAGCAUCAGAGCUGAAUGCUCUCCCCUACUUUCUGUGCUCUCGUGGGACUCAAUCGGGGCCAUCGUCCAAGCCUCAACCCCAGUGACCCGGAUUAUAUCUGCUCUCGGGUCUUUAUUUGCAAGGAAGGACGACAAGCUCAGCCUAAGGACUAAACGCCAAUUCACGGAGUCCGCUCAGCAAUCGCGACUACAUGUCACUUACCAACUACACUGUUCUUCUCAAGGGAAAGCUGUAAAGUGUGAUGAUACUUCUUUCUUGGGGGCCCUUCUGCUAGGCUUUUUGGAGUUGGCAACUGACGCUUCUGGCCUUGGGUGGUAUUCACUCUUCAAAGGGGCAUUGCGAAACCAGGUAUGGCAACGUGGCCCGCGAGGCUUUUCAGGGACUCUAGAAGAAUCGUUGCUUUCCCUCUACUGGAUCUGUGAAGGCAUGCGUGCCCUCUCAUUCGAUGAAGAUAGUAGAAUUAUGGAAUGGCAGAAUCUGGAUACUCAAACGUCUGACCAUAUUCACACCGGAUUUACAAUGUCUCGACAAUUUCGUGGUCAGAAAGAAGGGCGUCUGGCACAUUGUAUGGCCCUCUUGGGUAGCUUAAAUAAACGUUGUUUGACUUGGGUGUACAACUCCCGGAGAAUCAAGACGCAUUUCGCUCACAGUAUAGAUAAAUCAAUAUUCACAGAAAAUUACAGUAACAAGUGGGUACUUCACCUUCUGGCCGGCAAAGAGAUCGUUAUGGAAGGGUUUCGGGUCCGCGACGAAAUCCUCCACCUGGCACCGUCUCUAUCACUGGAGUGUGAUAUUGGACAGGAUUAUCCUCUGGACUUCAUCAUGCCAUUCUAUUACUGUGGGCUCGUAAGCGUAUCUCGGCGCUUCAUUGAUCCGCUGUGGCAGUUAGUAAACGAGGAAUUACCACUUCUCCCCGAGGAAAUGAUCAGAUCGCAUAGUCUCGUCGCUUUAUCGUUUAUUGAACAACGAUUGAUGAAGGUCAACCUGGAGUCCGUAUUCUAUCUUCCCUUAUUACUGGGGAUAUCUUUGGAAGUGCGGUCUGCAUGUCAUCGACAACGGAUUUUGCGACUCUUUCAACGGAUUGAGAACAAAGGCUUCGUAGUAGCUCGUACAUUUACUGCCGAUAUCCAACUUGCCUGGUCAUUGGCACCAACGUGA